AGGGGAAUUCGUUCCUUUGCUCAUUUACUUCAAGAUUAUUAUUAAUAUCUUGCUGAAACGGAAAGGGAUUUAUUUCUUUAAAAAAAUGAGAAGUGCUCAUAAUGCAGAACAGAGAUCUAACAUUUUCUGCAGUGGCGAACUUUCGAAAGGUAAAUUUCAGACGGGAAUACAGUACUGUGAUCAGCACUUAUGCUUCAUGACCGCUGGGGCCUCGUGUGUUGUUUUGCCUGUUGCCACCGGUCUUUGCGAAGUGAAAAGGACGCUUGAGAGGGCGACUGAAGACGUUGCUGAGGUUUGAGUGAACGCGCAUGAUCUUCAUCCCGUGAUCCCUCUAUCUCUCUUUUGUUGGUUAUUACCGCCUGUCUGCUCAUAGUCUUCAGCUAUGGCUUCCCCCCGCUUGGAAACUUUUUGCUGCCCCACUCGGGAUGCGGCUACGGAUUUUGUGCUGGGCUUCCAGCCCGUCUUCUUUAACGCCAUCUGCGUUGCAAGUGCCAGCUUCAGUCUGAUUGGCACCCUUGCCCAGGUCCUGCCAAAACGGACGCUUGGCUAUCGCAGGUCCAGUCAGUACCCACUGCAGAAACCUUCCGCCUCCUCCAGGAUCCUGCUGAUUAUCAGUAUCUGUGACAUCCUAGGCUGUAUAGGAAUAAUGACGAGGGCAUCCGUGUGGCUUAGCUUCCCAGAUUUAGUUGGAAGAAUCUCACUUAAUGGAACUGAAAUAUGGCCGACAGCUUUCUGUGUCAGCAGCGCUAUUUGGAUUCAGCUGUUCUACAGUGCCACCUUCUGGUGGUUGUUCUACUAUGCUGUGGAUGCUUAUCUUGUCGUGAAACGAUCUUCUGGGCUGAGUAUUCUAGUGUUGUACCACAUGCUGACCUGGGGCUUGGCGAUCCUGCUUUUGGUUGAAGGUGUAGCCAUGCUCUACUAUCCAUCCAUUUCCAGCUGUCAGAAUGGACUGGAACAUGCAAUCCCUCACUACAUUACAACCUACAUACCUCUGUUGCUAGUUCUGCUUGUUAACCCCAUACUGUUUGGGAAAACUGCUUCUGCAGUUGCCUCACUAUUGAAGGGAAGACAAGGCAUAUAUACAGAAAAUGAAAGGCGUUUGGGGAGUCAGAUUAAGUUAAGAUUUUUCAAGAUUCUGCUAGUAUGUUUUAUUUGCUGGCUUCCAAAUCUCAUCAAUGAGGGUCUUUUAUUCUACCUUGAGUUGCAGCCAGACAUGAACCGAGAGCUGCUAAAGAAUGUCAAGAAUGCAGCUUUGAUCACAUGGUUUACAAUGAGUAUCCUGAAUCCAAUGCAAGGCUUUCUCAGCACAUUAGCCUUUUAUGGCUGGACUGGAUGGGACUUUGAUUUCCGUUUUCAAAAGAACGAGAUUCAGUGGGAAUUUCCGACGACCUCCACUACAGCUGAAAAUGAGUGUGACAAUCCUGUGGCAGCUUCACUCAAUUACCACGAUAAUCUACAAGAGCGUGAAAAGGUGAUGACUGAAAAUAGUCACGACAGUAAUGAUGAGCUUUGUGCUCUCUCUGAAGAUAAUGGGAAAGCAAAUGGUUUCUUUGCAUCGAGCUCCCCCAUCUAUCAGGGGCUGUAACUGGUUUUCUCAAAGUACCCGAUACCACACCAUAACUUCUGCUGCUAACCAUUCCUCUUAAUCACUUUGAAGGUUCCGUGCUAUUAAAGAAUGGGAAAAUUCCCAAUCAAUAUUGGUCUGUGGUCAACCAGCAGAUGGUCUGCUGAAAGUGAAAAUCUCUGCCUGACCCUCCUCCACAAUAGGAUUGAUUAUUGAGAUGUUUUGCACAGUCUUCCCUUUAAACCCAUUGAUUGCCAGCAUUUUUUCAAGACCACAGAACUUCUCACAUACCGCAAUUUUUCUUUUCUCCUGCUAUCCCUGCAUUUUUAAUUCCAAUCUCCACCUACCUAGAACUACGUCAUGACUUAUGGGAUCCGUUCUGGCAAUCCUUUAAUCUGUGUCUUGCAAGGGAGUUACCCUGGAUGUCCUGACCAAUAUUACAUCCCUCAGUCCACAUCAGAACAACAGCUUACCUUACUAUUCUCACAUUGCUGUACUUGCUUCUCCUCAUUUUCUUUUGUUUGUACAUUUUUUUUUCAUUCAUUCUUUUGGUUCAUUUGUCCCUCCCUUUCUUCCGAGAUGGGGCUUGGUUGUUCCUUCCAGAUCCCUGAACUGGUCCCACUUGAAACGUACAGAUCUCUUCCAAUUCUACUUCUUGAGACCUUUAAUUUGAAUUGUUCCACAUUGGAGGUCAUGGUUUCAGCCCUGGGAUAGUUUUCACAAACCUCACUUCCCUCCGUUUUAAGAUGCUUCUUAAAACAUACCCAGAAUUGUAAACAACUUAGUGUGGAAGCAGGCCAUUCAGCCCAUCGAGUCCACACUGACCCUCCAAAGACUAUCCUGCAGCUAAUCCACCCAGCCUGCACAUCCCUGAACACCAAGGGCAUUUAACACAGCCAGUCCACCUAACCUGCAUAUCUUCGGACUGCGGGAGGAAACCAGAGCACCUGGAGGAAAUCUGCUCGGACAUGGGGAGAAUGUGCCAGCUCCACACAGGCAGUUGCCUGAGGCCAGAAGCAAAUCCAGGUCCCAAAUGUUGUGAGGCAACAGUGCUAACCACUGAACCACCAUUUCACCCCACUUGACCUCUUUGACAAAGCUCUGGGUCAUCUGCCCUACCAUCUCCUUACAUGACUUGGUGUCAAUUUUGAUUUUAAAAAAACUGCAUUGAAGUGCUUUGAGACAUUUUACUACGUUAAAGGUGCUAUAAGAAUGCAAGUUGUUGUUUCUCAUUUUUAUUACAUAUUUGAUGCUGCAUAUUGUAGAGAGACAUUAACUCAGAUGUCAGGAAUUGCCUGAGUUCAAACUUGAGACUCCUUUGCUGUAAAUCAGGUGAUGGUCAGUAACUUGGACCAGGUCAGGUGGUACCCUGAUUACUUUAAAUACACUUUCCAAAUCAAAGCAGAAAUAAUGAUCAUCAGUAACAUGACAACACUGUUUUAUAUGAUGCAUUUUGAAUGAAGCAAUAUUCCUUUUAUUUUAAAGAGAUAUAAAUGGAUCAAUCUCAAACAGUAUUGUGCAUUCCCUUAAAAAUGUAUUUUCUGUGGAUGGUGGUAAUCUAAAAACAGAAACUACUGUUGUAACCCUUCCACAGCUCUGUAGAGUGAGAGAAGAACAAAGUUGAUGUUUCAGGUCAAUGGCCCUUCAUCAAAAUUGAAAUUAAUGUUAACCUCCUUCUCUCCUCAGUAUGUAAGACAAUAUCUGUGAUGACCUCAUUUUUCCAAUUCCAAAGAUUAUGUUUUUGCAUACACUGUCCAUAUCAAUAAAGUCCCCUUUGCAGCCACAAAACGCUAGACUCGCUUUAGUCUCUGUUUCAACUAAUAGCUG